UGACUGUGUUGUGGCCUUUGGUAGAUGAAGUGCUGCGGUGCUGGGAACUCCUCUGCAGACAUAAGAGGAAUAAAGAAGUCCCCUCGGCAGCCGUCACCACCACCGUCCCCCAGCAGGCUGAGCAGGGACACCGCGAGCACGGGAGAGAAGACAGUCCAUGCGACCCCCGGUGAUGGCCAGCCACGUGGUGUGCACAAGAAACGGAAUAGGGUGAACGAAGCGCAUCGGGAAGGCAGCAGUGUGAACGCUGGCCCAUCUUGGAAUAAAGUGCAGCGUUCGAAGAAUUCUUCAGGAAGAAGGCAGAGUAAAUCCCGAGUACCCUGUGUUUCCUCCCAGCUGAACGGCAGCCUUGUGGGUGUCUCCCAGCCAACUGAAGAUGAAGUUAGAGCAGGCAUUGCCGCAGGAGGAAAACCCAAAAGGGACCCGAGUUCCAGGGGCCAGGGGGCCUCAGCGAGCCAGCUGUUUCUGGACUUUGAGUCCAUGAAGAUUAUUAAAGAGAGUCCCGAUGAGGACAGCGCGAGCGACCUCUCUGACUCAGAGAGGGUUCCCAUUCCUCCUUCUCCCCUGACGCCUCCAGACCUCCAUCUCCGCGCUGAAGAGAUCGACCCACUUGACUUCGCUAUGCAGCUUGGUCACGGCCACGCGAAGCCUGAACACAGUUACCCCGAUUUCCUUCCACCCCCUUACAGCUCCUGGGACCUACGGGCGAUGGCCUUGCUUCUGCACACCGAGUGCAGCCCCGGGGCCGUGCCGCGCGCAGGGGGGCUUCUUGGGAAGUACGUGGACAGGCUCCUUCAGCUCGAGUGGCUGCAGCUCCAGACCAUCCAGUGUGAAAAAGCGAAGGCGGCCAAAGCAAGGCCUCCCCCUGGCCCCGGGCCCGCAGGGGCUCUCAAGAGCCCUGGGAGAAGGAAGCUCAGUGCUGGCGCCCUGUCCAAGCCACCAGCUCGGCAGGAAGGCUGUUCAAAGUCAGGCCCUUCGCGAAAGAAAGGUUUUCCCCACGAAGAAGCCCAUCCGUCGUAUCGCGCCUUUGAGACUUCCCCGAAGCCGAGCGACGUGGCGGGCGGCACCAGGUUAUGUUCUCAGAAGCAGAAGUUUGAGAUGAGGAUGGAGGAGAAGAAAAGGAAAUCGACCAAGAGCCUCCAGCUGCAGCGCUGGGAUCCGUCCUGUGGCGGCUGCAGCCCGAAGAUGGAAACCAGUGGGAACAUGCGGGUCCCCCGACAGCCAGCCCCGACUCUGGACUCGGCGGACCCCUGGAAGGCCCCCAAAACACAAGCGCUUGCGAAUCUCAAGAAAAAGGCAAAUGCAAACAGUUGUGGCCAUGCCACUAUGUCCAGCGAGAAGAAGCUCAAAACCAAUGGAGUAAAGGAGCACACACACAGGCUAAAAUGAUUCUGAAAUGAGGAACUGCGAGGCCCGUCCGAGGUGUGAAUAUGAGAGCUCUUCCGAAGGUCAGCUGUGCUGUGAGUUUUUAGUUUGAAGACAUUGGCUAUUCUGUCUAGCCCGCCUAUACCUCCAGUUUCCAAAGAAAGAUGUCUUUCUAAAGGGCUUUCUCUGUAUGGAUAAGUCUUGGGCAAAAAUUAGGCUAGGUGUACGCCUUGAAAGGGGUAAGCCAGCAAUUCCUGGGGGAAGCUUCGAGAGCCCCACAGUCAGCGCUUUGGAACAGAGCCGUGGCUAGCUCCCUUCCACCUGCACGCAAGCCUACAGAACUGAACACACAAGGCUGGAAAUAAGGCCCUGCUCACCACUGCCUCCUUGCGACUGCAUCCAGUAUUCAAGAGAAGCUUCGUCCUUUCGGCCCCAGGAGAAACCUCAGUGGUAUUGUCAGCAGCCGUGUAGCACGGAACUGCCUGCUCCUUGGAGACCUGGGGUCUCCUACUUCACACGUUUCCUCUGUCUGGGAUUCAGAGAUGGUGUUUUACGUGUAGAGGUGGUGGUGGUUAAGCCGAGGUUGACAUACGUGGUAGACUUUGCUGGCUGGAAAGUCUGCAGACUUAGACAUGAGGCUCACAGGCCUCUCCCAGAGGUUCCCCAGGGAAACCGCCGAUCAAUGGAGGACUCGCACUAAGAUAAGAACACACAGGGAACCGUGCUGAAUGUAACAGAUACGAAGCUGCUUGUUCCGGACCCAAAUCCUUUUGUCCUUAGAAGGGACGUGCUGUUUCCAUUUGCAAGUGCAGGAUAUUACGUCUUGCUGGAGGGGUAGGGGCAGAGGACACAGUUCAGGAAGUUGGGAGAGUGGAGUGCGAGCGAGUGCGGAGUGCGUCCUGAGCACCCUCCGCUGCUCCCACGGCUGCCUGCCUUGCGAAAGCCUUGGUUAACUGUAGUGCAAUGGCCGCUCCUAGUGGCUGUGGCCUUGCUCUGAUAUACAUUUAUAUAAUUUAUUAAUCUGUUUGAAAGGCAGUUCGAGGGAGAGACAGAGAGUGCGAUCUUGCGCCCACUGGUUCACUCCCCAAAUGGUCACAACGGCCAGGGCAGGGCCAGGCCAAAGCCAGGAGCCUGGAACUCCACCCAGGUCUCCCAGGUGAGUGGCAGGGGCACAAGCCCGUAGGCCAUUGUCUGCUGCUUUCCCAGGCGCGUUACCAAGGAGCUUAGUGGGAAGUGGAGCUCCAGGACACAAACUGGAGUCCCCUUGGGAUACUGGUGUCGCCGACGGUGGCUUAACCUGCUGGGCCACAAUGCCUGGCCCCAUUGUGUUUAUUGAUGGAGGCUGGUUUGAUUUUACUGUGUUUGUUUUUGACAUCCUCGUUCCUAUUUUUUUUCCUUUGUGACAAAUGGAAACCUUGGUUCAUUUGGAAGCAUGUGAUAGCUUGUAACUUCCCACUGCAGUAAACGCCAUGAGAACCAGCACAAUGAGAAGUUGUAUUCGUAGUUAAUAUGCAAAGGCUAAAUGUUAACAUCUCCUUCUACAAUCUGAUUUUAAUCAACUAAAACAAAACGUAGAAAUAUUUGUGGUAGCUUAUGUCAGGAUUUUCAGGUUUGCAGAUCCCCUCUGCGUUCUCUGUCUCGCACGCCGCCCUACUGGAGAAAGCAUGCCAUUACACUAAGAUCUCACUCGCACCCUGUGUCUGCUGUGUACGUAGCGGGCGUUACUCCCAUGAUCCUUUUCUCUGCUGUGUACAUAGCGGCCGUUACUCCCAUGAUCCUUUUCUCUGAUGUAUACAUAGUGGGCAUUACUCCCACGAUCCUUUUCUCUGCUGUGUACAUAGCAGGCGUUACUCCCAUGAUCCUUUUCUCUGCUGUGUGCACAGUGGGCGUUACUCCCAUGGCCCUUGUAUCUGCUGUGUGCACAGUGGGCGUUACUCCCGUGGCCCUUGUCUCUGCUGUGUGCAUAGCGGGCGUUACUCCCGUGGCCCUUGUCUCUGCUGUGUACAUAGUGGGCGUUACUCCCGUGGCCCUUGUCUCUGCUGUGUGCAUAGCGGGCGUUACUCCCGUGGCCCUUGUCUCUGCUGUGUACAUAGUGGGCGUUACUCCCAUGUCCCUUGUAUUUACUGUGUACGUAGCGGGCGUUACUGCCAUGAUCCUUUUCUCUGCUGUGUGCACAGUGGGCAUUACUCCCAUGAUCCUUUUCUCUGCUGUGUGCGUAGCGGGCGUUACUCCCACGGCCCUUGUCUCUGCUGUGUGCACAGUGGGCGUUACUCCCGUGGCCCUUGUAUCUGCUGUGUGCACAGUGGGCGUUACUCCCAUGAUCCUUUUCUCUGCUGUGUACACAGUGGGCGUUACUCCCAUGAUCCUUGUCUCUGCUGUGUGCACAGUGGGCGUUACUCCCAUGAUCCUUGUCUCUGCUGUGUGCACAGUGGGCGUUACUCCCAUGAUCCUUUUCUCUGCUGUGUGCGUAGCGGGCGUUACUCCCAUGAUCCUUUUCUCUGCUGUGUACAUAGCGGGCAUUACUCCCAUGAUCCUUUUCUCUGCUGUGUGCACAGUGGGCAUUACUCCCAUGAUCCUUUUCUCUGCUGUGUACAUAGCGGGCAUUACUCCCAUGAUCCUUUUCUCUGCUGUGUGCACAGUGGGCGUUACUCCCGUGGCCCUUGUAUUUACUGUGUACGUAGCGGGCGUUACUCCCAUGAUCCUUUUUUCUGCUGUGUGCACAGUGGGCGUUACUCCCAUGGCCCUUGUAUCUGCUGUGUGCACAGUGGGCGUUACUCCCAUGAUCCUCUUCUCUGCUGUGUGCGUAGCGGGCGUUACUCCCGUGGCCUUGUCUCUGCUGUGUACACAGUGGGCGUUACUCCCAUGAUCCUUUU